CAGACGAGCCAACUGAAUCACCGAAAAACAAGGAAAUAGCCUAGGCUAGAAAUUAAUUCCUAUUAAGUAGUUAUAGUGCAGUUAGCAGAAUACACGCAUGAUGACAAUUUUGUGCAGACCACGAUAAUGACGUUGUAGCCUGCACGUACAAGAGAGAGAGAAAGCAAACAAUAAAAAUACGUAAAAUCUAAAAGAAAAUAAAUGUUACGAACUACCCAAGUGUUGACUGAUUUGUGCCAAGGUGUUUACUUAAAAUGUGUUUUCAAAGUGAUCCCUAAAUGCCUGUCCACUCGGUUCCACACGGCCAAAUUCCUUGUAAUGUUGAUCGCCAUCAUCAUCAUCGUCUGGCUGUGGAAUGUUCCUCCGCUUGCAGAGGUUGUGUAGAAUGGCACAUACAGUGAUUACUGUGCUUGCCCUCUCUGGGGUGAGGCGUAUUUCGCCGUGGAGGACAUGAAACCGACGUUUCAUCUGCCCAAUUCCUCUCUCCACAACAUUUCGUGUAUGUUUGUGUGCUCGCAAAGAGCCAAUACGAUGUGUUUUACGCAUAGGACUAAGCGUAAUCUGCGUAAUCACUUAUAUUUAACUGUGCUCCCGGUUGUGGAUUGAGGUAGGGUGUCUAGAGCCACGUCUUGCAUGGAUAGUCACUGUCACCCAGCAAGUGACACCCAACUGGUACAUCUCAAAAAGCUGCCUCAGACCGCUCACCAUUAAAAUGCGCGAAUCAUGGGUAGCUGAAGAUCCAGGCCACUUUGCAACAACAUCCAGUAGGCUAUGUUAAAAUUUGCAUCAAAAACAACCUGCGUGUUGAUGGAAUGCACUUUCUUCCUAUUGACGAACACGUCCUCGUCUUUUGAUGGCGCAAUUAUUUUUUAUUUUUUAUAAGUUAUAUAUAUUUUUUUAUAACUUAUAAUUUUUAUAGCAUUUUAUUUCGGGACUAAUCGGAUUAUUCCUGUUAGUCGGGGAUGUUAUUGCAUCGCGCAUUAACUCCACAAUAAGUUGAAUACCCUAACAUUUCGUCUCGCAGGCAUUUUAAGAUUCUUUGUGAAUAGGUCUUAUGAGUUAGGAGUCCUCUUGAGGACUUUUAAGCUCUCCUAGACUUAGGUGCUACUUUGAGUCCAAAAAUACUUUGUGAAUUGCUCUUAGUGAAAAAAGUUAGGAGUCCUAAAUUUAAGAGUGACACGCCCAUUAUUUUUAGGAGUUACUCCUAAAUUCGCCAGUUAGGACCUACUUUUAGCCCUAAGAUCCUUUGUGAAUACGGCCCCAGAUCUUGAUUUCAUGAAUAAAUAAAUUGUAUUAAUUGAAAUAAUAUACGAAAAUAAAAAGGCAUAGAAUAAAACACUGCAUUGCCACUAAACAGUAGUGCAAAUAGGCCGUACUGAUGUGUACACCAAAGACUUCCUGACACUCCUCUGCCCCGCUGUGUUCGCUCUGGCUGUGGUCGCUCCGAACUGUUUCGGCCCGUGGCAAAGCGAGUCAUCCUCGCUGCUGUCCAAGGCAUGUUGAGACGCAGCAUUUAUUUAAUGCUCAUAUGUCCUAGUGCUGAAAAAAGGUUACAUGAAAAAGUGUGAGGGUAGCGGUGGUGCGCUAAACUUGUUCUGUGAGCAGCUGGAUGUGAACCAUGGUGUGAAGGAAGUGAACACAACGAUCGAUUUUCAACUGUGCGCGCAUGCACUGGUGUAAUUGACCUUUCGCAAAACCCCGCCCCCAAACGGUCAUUGUCCAAUCAUACAUCCUAGCAACCGUUACUAUGUAAACAAGGUCCGACAAACAAAGUCCGACAAGCAAAAUGGUGAAGCGAUGUGCCUAUGGCGUAUGUAAAUCGGACAGUAGGUACCCCAAGAGUUUGGCUGGGGGAGUCGUGUUCUUUCCUUUUCCAAAGCCGAAAACACAACAGGAGCGAUGCCUACGAUGGAUCAAACAGUGUGGAAGGCCCCACUCCCAGCUAAAUGUCACGAAAAUAAACAAGCAUGCAUACGUCUGCUCCAAGCAUUUUGUGAAUGGACAGCCCACCCCUGAGUAUCCCGACCCUGUACUUGCUGUACAAGUGUCGAACCAGACUAGGGAGCAGCUCGGAGGCUGUCGAAAGCCACCCCAAAAACGAUGCAGAUUAAGUGUGCAGGAUGCCUCUGGCUCCACCUCCAGCACUGAUGAUGCAGACGAGACUCGACAGUAUAUUGUUGACAGUGGUGAGUGAUAAGCCUUUUUCAAGUUAAUACUGGCGUAACAGGAGUGGAAUAGACUGCCCAAUCCCAUUACCUCUGUAUUGUGUUGAAUGAUAGAAUAGGCAGCAAGAUGUUUCAGACAGUGAAUAAGUUCCUUUAUUGGCACUUUCAUUCUCUGUUCAGAGGUCAAAACAAACAAGAAGAACAAAGAAACAAGAGAACAAAAUAAGAGUCCAUACAUACAUACAGUAAGACGAUCACGGAUUUAUCUCACUGGUAUGUAACAUAGUAGUCAAAGAAAAAUGCAUCAAGCUUGCUCUUCAUCUCUUCCCAUUUUGCAACAUCAAAUUGUAUUCUUUCUAGGUGGUAAUCUUCCUCACAUUUAACAAAAAAAUCACACCAUGACAUACCCGUGAGCCCAAGCUGCCCCAUUAUUUGAUAAUGAUGGGCAUGACACUCUUUUAGUUUAUAGCGUCCAUCUGCCUGCUUGCAAAGGUAAGGACACUCUGUAAAGCUGUUCUUGGAUGGGCACUUAAUUUCUAAAAGCCCAUAGCUUGGGCUUUCACUCCCUCCUCUCUCUAUCACCUUACGGUCAGGUGAAGUACCAAGGUGUGGGGCAUCAGGAUUUACAACAAAACCACAUGGAUACACUAGAUUACCUGUGAGCUUCGUGUACUGUGUUGCUGCUAUGGGCUCUUGUUCUACACCUCUUUUCAUGGCCUUAGUUUGUACUGAUGCGGCACUCUUUAAGAAGAAGAAAUUAGAAGAAGAAAACAACAACAUGAAAUUGAAAUUGUCUUUAAAGGAAACUGAAAUAGAAAGGCUGAAAGCACAAAUUAGCACACUUAAAAAGAAAACUCUAACACCUGAACUACUUGAAAGCAGUGAAAUCCCUAAAAUGUUGGAAUACAGUACUGGGUUUACAUAUGAUCGAUUCAACCAACUGUGCACAAUAUUUGGCAUCCCAAAUGAUCCACACACCACUCAAAUAAAUGUGCCCUUAAACUACAAGCGCAAUGAUUGGCAAGUUGCUGAGAUGCCCCUCCGUAGCCAGUUGCUGUUUGUUUUAAUGAAACUCCGCAACAACGAAGACCUAAAGAACCUUGCCUUUAGAUUUAAUAUAACCACGCAAACAGCAAGUACUAUUUUCAAUUCCUGGAUUCAUUAUAUGUUUGACGUAUUAGGUGAAUUACCAAUUUGGCCUCACAGAGAUGUCAUUGCACAAAACAUGCCAGAAACCUACAAAGCAGACUACCCAUCCACAUUUGCAAUAUUAGAUUGUACAGAGCUGAAAAUCGAAAGGCCAACGUCACUGGUGUUGCAAAGCCAGAGCUUUUCAAACUACAAAAGCACAAACACCCUAAAAUCGCUAGUUGCCUGUGACCCCCGUGGUGCUGUGAUUUUUUCAUCUGCCCUCUUCACAGGAUCCAUGUCCGAUAAGGAGAUAGUCAGGCAAUGUGGUAUCAUCCCGUUACUAGAGCAACUUAUAGAGAGUGGCUAUUUGCAAAGAGGGGAUGGCAUAAUGGCUGAUAAGGGCUUCUUGAUCGAGGAAGAGAUGCGAGCAGUCGGACUGCAGUUAAACCUGCCACCGUUUUCGAGAUUUAAGAGGCAAAUGCCCGCUGGAGAUGUGCUGGUGACAAAGCGCAUUGCAAAGCACAGGGUGCACGUAGAGAGGGCCAUCGGUAAAAUAAAAAAGUUCAAGAUGGUGUCAGACAAAAUUCCUAAUACAAGGUUAGGGAUUAUAAAUCACAUCUGGUAUGUGGUGAGCAUGCUUUCAAACUUCCAGCCACACAUACUUAAGUAAGGGACAGUCUGGGACAGUCGUAGCAUCACAUGGCAACAAAUACAAAGUAUUACUACAUGACAUUAUUACUGCUUUAACCUGUUAUUUUUACUCACCACUGUGGGGCAUUUUGUCAGCCUGAGCUGUGGAAGGUGCUAUAGAAAUCCUUGUUUCAUGUUUUUAUGUGUAGGUGUAUAUAAUAUGUCAAAUUUUAAUGAAAUGAAUAUGUCAAAUUUUAAUGAAACUUUAAUAAAAUCUCACCCGGUGGCUUAGACCGCACCCCACUGCAUACUUCCUGCCUCCAACUUCUACCUCAGGUGCAGUUUCAUCAGCAAUGUAGCUUAUAGGUGCAUCUGACAUCUCCCUCAGUAGACCAUACACUGCUGUCCCUAACUCUUUCCUUUAACAAAUACAUUCAGAGUAUUAUUGUCUAUCAUGUUACACAGUACACAGGAAUAUGUUCAGAACAGUGUGACUGAUGGUGUUGCUGUAGAGUACAUGGAAAGUAAAAUACUUACUUAUUGUGGAUAUAGCUGGACAUGAUGGGUUUCCGCUUGCGGUUGACUUUGGCCUUGGCUACCACCACACUGCUCACAGGUUGUUAUUUUUUUACCCCUGGCUUUGUGCCACUGCUGAGGCUGGCUUGUGGAGGAGAUGUCAUUAUGUCUGGCACGGCACAGGUCCAGGGUGUACAUAAGGCCCACAAUGUGAGAGCAAAAACCUGGUGAACUGAUUUAAGCCAGAAGUAGCAUUAGGUGUUUGUUUUGGAAAUGCUAUUUGCAGUGACUAUGAAUUGCUUAUGUCAACCAGCCUUAUGACAAUAAUGUUACUAGCUAGUUACUGCAAUAUUAGAGUGCCUUGACAUGUAACCUUACAUCCAUGUUGUAACAACAUAUUGUAACAAGCUAGACUCUGAUGACGUUGCUUCUUGCUAGAAAGGAUAGUUGAAAGGAUGUUGACUAGCUAUCUAACUAAUUUAAAUAUUUCAGACAACAUCCUCCUGAAGUAUACAAGUGUCCUGAACUUACCCGGCAGUGCAAGAGCAUAACUGGUCCAAAAGGCUGUGCUCGUUGCAUGUGAGGUAGAGAUCAUGGGGUUUCUCCGAUUUUGCCAUUGACCGGUACGCUUUCGCCUCGACAGUCGUAGUGUCCCCUUCUUUGUUUAUUUUAAUGUUUUUAAUGUAUCCCUCCACCGCAUACUGUAACCCCUUUUGCCUCGAUCUGGAGGAUAUCGCACAAGUAUUGCUCCAAAAAGAGUCACUGACACGCACCGCUAUAUUUUUCCCCGACAUGACACUGUGUUGACACUCCGUCGGCGUCAAGAAGCUUGUCGGGCUAGCAACGGUAACUAAGGGGGGCGGGGCUUUUGCGAAAGGUCAAUUGAGCUGCGCUGCUAUAUAUCUUUUUUAUCAAUGUGACGAGUUGCGAGUCUAGUGCAGGCCGGGUUUUUUUUUCCAGCACCCCCUGCUGAGAAUACGUUCUCGCGGCUAUGGUUGCACCAGAUGUUAUAAACAUUAAACGGUCACAUAAAUCAU